AUCCCUUACAAGGAACGGGGUGGACUUGGGACUCAGCUAAUUAUUGUUUAACUAGGAAAGUCAGCAUUAACUUCGAGGUGGAAACUGACAAGACGUUUUAGAAGGAGGAGGAGGAAGAUGGACGGUGCCCGGAUCCACUCCCAAGACAUGGCCACCCUUGCCCAGGAGCUGGGCACGGCUUUCUUCCAACGGCAGCAGCUUCCCGCCUCCAUGGCCGACACGUUUUUGGAACAUCUGUGCCUGCUGGAUAUUGACUCCGAGCCCAUCACCGCCCGGAACACUAGUAUCGUCUGCACCAUUGGCCCAGCAUCGCAAAAGGUGGAGAUGUUACGUGAAAUGAUCAAAGCCGGCAUGAAUAUCGCACGGUUGAAUUUCUCGCAUGGAUCGCACGAGUACCACGCAAAGUCCAUUGCAAACAUCCGGGAAGCCACGCAAAGCUUUGCCAGGAAUCCUCUCUUCUACCGGCCCGUGGCCAUCGCUUUGGACACCAAAGGCCCUGAAAUUCGGACAGGGUUGAUUAAAGGGGGCGAGAAUAAAGAAGCCGAACUGGUUAAAGGAUCCCGACUGAUUGUGACCACCGAUCCAGCUUUCCGAGAACAAUGUGAUUCGCAGAAUAUUUGGGUGGAUUACGCCAACUUGCCGAAAGUUGUUAACGUCGGUGGGAGGAUCUUUAUUGACGAUGGGCUGAUUUCCUUGCUGGUCAAGGAACUCGGCGCUGACAGUUGUGUCGUCGAGGUGGAGAACGGUGGGAUGCUCUGUAGCCGGAAGGGAGUCAACUUGCCGGGGGCUAAAGUGGACUUGCCGGCGUUGUCAGAGCGGGACAGACACGACCUGGAGUUCGGGGUGCAACAGGGGGUUGAUAUGAUCUUCGCUUCCUUUAUCCGCAAGGCUGAGGAUGUGAUUGGCAUCCGACAGGCGCUGGGAGAACGCGGGCGUCACAUCAAAAUCAUCAGCAAGGUCGAAAGCCACGAGGGGGUCAAAAGGUUUGAUGAGAUCCUGGAAGCCAGUGACGGCAUCAUGGUGGCGCGUGGGGAUCUGGGGAUCGAAAUCCCUUCUGAGAAGGUUUUCCUGGCUCAAAAGAUGAUGAUUGGCCGUUGCAACCGGGCGGGCAAACCGGUUAUCUGUGCCACACAGAUGCUGGAGAGUAUGGUGAAGAAACCUCGGCCCACGAGGGCCGAAAGCAGCGAUGUGGCCAACGCCGUUCUGGACGGGGCCGACUGCAUCAUGCUAUCCGGGGAGACGGCCAAGGGAGCCUACGUGGUGGAGGCUGUGCGAAUGCAGCAUGCGGUAAGU